AUGAACGAAACUCUUAGAGAACUCCAUCGCGAUCUUGCCAACAAGUACCGACAGCAUGGCCCCCGGAUCGAGGAGAGAUGGCGUUCGCUCAGCCAAGAACAGCGCAAGAAGAUCAUGCAGGCUGGCUCUCGUGAUGGCGCUGUCCUGAAGCAUGCUGAAGAUACGAGCUUAGAGAAUGUCUACAAGUUCAUUCCCGAAUGGAAUAUACGCGACAUCACUGCCCCUUCAUCAAACUUCUUCCUCGAUAUGCUAAAGCACCGGGCAACCCUACCACUCAAAGACCAAUACGCGACAGGGUUCAAUGGACGUCCAGGCGAUCACGCGCAUAUAGUUGAUAUGAUGCAGAGGAAGAACCUACGGCUCCAAGACGCCGCCCAAUACAAGAAUUGUUACACGCUCUUCUUGACGGAAGAUGGCUACGGCGAAUCAGUCCAGAUCCUCGCAGAAAAGCGGGAAGAGGUUUUGGCAAACAUGAAGCCGGCCAUACAAGCUCAAGUCAUAGUACCCCAAGCUACUGGCGAGCUAAUUCUCAUGCGACAAGUGAACCUGAUGCAGCUACUCAACAUCAGCAUCGAAGACAUUCUCGAUACCGCGUCUACCACGCGAACCCAGACGAAGCGCCCGAAGAAGCCAGCCGACGAGGCGACUGCAGCUCUAGCAAAGUUAUCCGUACACUCGGCUCCGAAGAAGGCCGAACUCUCAGACCUCGCUGACAUGGCUCGCGAUCAGGUGUCGUUGCGUGAAGAUCUUAUUAGUCUCAUCUCCACUGAGCCCACGGUCCUAGCCCAUGAAGUCAACUUUUGCUUCUUCAGUAGGCCGGAACUUGUCGCCGACGAGAAGGGUCGUAUGUUGCCUGUACAUACAGAUAAAUACAUCAGCGGUGCUGUAUUCGAUGCCGUCCAGAACGCGGUAAAGAUCGCUGCCACAUGGAACUACAUUGGCCGUCUCAUGGAUUUGCUGAAGGAGUCAUCAGACAAACAGUUUCGAGCGACUAUCCUCAAGGAGCUGUCGAACACUUGCCAGCUGGAGUAUCUGCGCGCUCAGAAUGGAUUCAAACGUAGUGUGGCCGUCGGCAUGGGAGGCGGCAAGUGGUUCAAGCGCAUGUCGACCGUACAGAAGGAUGACGUUCCGCGCAUCUUGCUGAAGCGAAGCCCCGAGUCUUUAACAGUAGAGAACCCGCAGUUACACUACAUGCUUCGACUCUGCCAGGAGGAUACAAAUUGGUCCGGGGCUGCGCAGUGGCUUCAGAAGCUAGAAGAUCUCCAUCGAGCCCAUCCGCUAGAGCGAGACAAUCUCUCGGAACGAGAAUACGACUGUCUCGGAGACCUGGCCAUCAUCGUCACCUUCAUCCAAUCUCUUUCGUUAGUCGCGCAAUUACCCGCACCGAACCACAAGAAAAGCCAGCCAUUCGUACCGAGCUACACAACUUUGGACAAGGAGCUGAGGUCGUUGAAAGACGGUAUAGACCUCGGCGAGUACGCCAUUCCGAUCGACAACUUGCUGGAGCCGGGCAUGGCUGAAGGCGCUCUUGCAGCACUAGAUCAGUAUGUCGUUGAGAAGGCUGGUACCAAGCUCGGCUUUCUCUACCAGGAUCUGGUUGCGGACUGCGUUUUGAGCAUUCAGCAACAGUACGAGCAACAAAAGUUGAAAGCUAGUCAAAGCCAAGCUGAAUACAAAGCACCAUCAGCUCCCGAGACCCCAGCGUCGAGCAUCGAGCAGCGCAGGCAGAAGGAGAAGACAAGGCCAGCGCAACCUUUCAUCUACGACAUAACGCCACAAGCCACCACAGAUGACCAGCCCGUUUCAUCAAAGGAGACCUUUUACGUCAAACCCUCCACUGCCGCCGUCUUCUCAUCGCUAUUCUCGAGGUCAUCGGCAGCUCGGAGCCCAGUACGAUGGGACGCGUUCGUGGCUGCCAUGACUGACUUUGGUUUUACCAUCGAUCCCAAAGUCGGCUCAAUCUACACAUUUGUUCCUCCUGAGAAGGUAUCGGUGCGGAGGGAUGUAACUCUCCAUCGGCCGCAUCAGGCAAGUAUUGAAGGGCGACUCCUUCUGAUCUACUCCCGGCGUUUGAAGAAGGUGUAUGGCUGGGAUAGCUCCACGUUCGUUGCAGAGUAG